AUGCAGCCGCCAGAUUUACGUUUUAUCGUAAACCACACUAUCUUGAAAUACUUAGUCUGUAGUAGUGAUAUUUCUCGAGAUUAUCUGGUGAUGCUUGAGUAUUUUGAAAGUUUUGGUCAAGGUAUUUUUGGUGGCGAGAUUUUGUCGCAGAUCAUUGAAGACUUUCCUGGUGAGCUCACAGAUGAAUUGUUACUUGUUUUGUCACCUCCACAUCUGCGACAUUUGAAACUGACGAGGUGCAGCAGGCUGUCCUGCAGUGGACUUCGACAAGCCAUCGCUAAGUAAGUUGAUGCUCCCAACCUUAGAUAAAGGCGCGUUUGUUUGUUUGUUUGUUUGUUUGUUUUGGUUUGUGGGAAUAAUCACUGAAAUCAUUCGAAGAGGGCGUAAUCGAAGGCUACGGCACCCUGAUAUGGGAAACUGACAUCGGGCGUCCGAGCGAUAUAUAACAGGAGGGAUAAAAUACGAGUGGUCGUAUAAACGUGCCUAUAGUAUCCCCUUUUAGUAAAAUCCAACUAGUGGUCUAUUAUCAAUGCUGCGUUCUGAUUGGUUGAGCUACUCCUAGGCUAUAUGCUAUAGCCCACUAGUAGCAAAAAGUGCCGGCUUUGAAAACCAAAACAAUGGCAGCUGAAUCGCGUUUUGCUAGCUAAAGUUGUUUUGUCUCGAUAUUUUUGACCAAAUAGUUAGAUUUUAGCUACAUCUGAGUCAAUAGCCCUUCGGCCUUCGGCCUCAUGGGCUGUAGACUCAGAGACCAUUCGGGCUCAAGGAAUAAUUGUUUAUUAUUCCUCACAUUUCCGCAGUAGAGACCUUUAGAUUCUAAGACGAGUAUAACAACGAGUAGGAGAUUUUCUCAAUACUAAGUAGUACUUGCGCCUGAACCAGCGACAUUUUGGUGGGAAAACAUAGUAGUCGUCAUCAUUUUACUACGAGUUUUAGCGAGAAUGUCGAAGUGGCAAAAACGAGUUAUCAAAUGUUGGAAGUUUUAUCAUUUUGUGAUCGGGAGAGGGUGUAACCUCCUUCACUAAAGGUAACAGUGCUAACUUUUCUAGCGGGGUGUCUUUAAUUUGAGAAUACGCAAAAAAACUUUACAGUCAAACCAGGUCAAGCGUUCCCGUCGCUAACAAACUAAUGAAUUCAUUAAUGGAAAAAUGAUUUCGUUUGUUGAUUCAAUAAUCCAUUCAUAAAAUGAAUAAUCCAACGGUCAAAUUGUACCUCGAUUCAAUAAUGAAAUGUUGAUUUGGUUUAUGAACAAUGUCUACCUGUUCUUUAUUCUUGUCGUAUUUGCUUCCCUUUUCCUGCCGUUUACGAUUGCGUUUUUCAUUGCCUUUAAUCAAAAUAACAGCUAGAAUAGACAGACCGCAAACGCAAAGAAACUGACAAAGGCCGAGGAUCGAAAUCCACCAAUCACCGCACAUACACUGACCUCAGUUUGACCGUCGUGUUUUCUAAGAGGUCAGGCCUAGGUCUGUUGCACUGAUUAUUGGCAGCAAACUGGCGUACAUGUAACAGUUUGUUUGGGUUUGAACUUCAGAACUCGCCAGCACUCGACUCUUAGAAAAAAAAGGGAAAAAAAACAAAAUUCUGAGGUCAACUUGUGGAAAGAGUAAUUUUUCAAAAAACAGUAAUCGAAUCAACAUUCGAUUAUGGAAUCGAGGCUAAAUAUGACUAUUGGAUUGUUCAUUUUAUGAAUGGAUUAUCGAAUCAACAAACGAAAUCAUUUUUCCGUGAAUGAAUUCAUUAGUUCGUUAGCGACGGGAACGCUUGACCUGGUUUGACUGUAAGUCAAAUCUCGUACUCAUAGUCGUCCUCGUCCUUGUCCUUGAAUCUUAAAGGUCUCUAGUGACCAAUCAAAUACAAGUACUGGAAGAGUGGAGAGAGGCAGACUUGAGUCAUGGUUUAGUAAACAGUAAGGUUCCUUCAAAAUGCUCUAAAUACGACAUAAAUAAGACUUAAACAGGACAAAAUAGUGUUCUGACUUUUUGGCAUCUUUAAUGUUCUCAAGGCAUGCCGGGGGUGACUGGUGUACUGUAUUUACUCAAUUAAAUGCUGCCCUCGAAUGAACACCGCUGAUGGAAGCCAAAUUAGUAAUAAAUGCUGCUUUGAAAUCGCUAAAAAUUUAAUAAAUGCCGCAGAGUUUGAUCAAAAGAAUGCUUUAUUUUUGCUUAAGUGUUAGUCUCAUUUCAUGAUCAUCGGAAUGUUUCUUACAGAUGUCAUCAGCUUCAAGCACUUGACUUCAGUGAAUGCAUUCACCUCCUUCACCCAACUGUUUUCUGUUGUCUCAAGGACAAGGCAGUAAACUUGGUGUCCUUGUCUUUGGAAAACUCAGAAGUUGUUUCUGAUGACAUUGUUCAGGUAGGAAACUUGGGUAUACUGGCCUAAAUUUUCUUUGGCUUGGCACCACUGGUUUACCAGAUACUGGACCUGUUCCAAAGAGGACCAAAAUGAAUUUCAGGCAAUUUUUUUUUCAGAACUGGGAAAAAAGCAUACCCAGCUACUGUAAGUGGCAAUUAAAUGCCCAUGUAGACCAUGAUUGUGAACAACUUCUCACCCCCAGAAUGAAGAGCAGGGAUGUUACAGGCUAACCGCCGCCCGGUUAGCUCAGUUGAGAGACCGCCAAUCUCCUGAGCGGGAGGUCACAGGUUCGAAUCCCGGCAGGACCAACACUCAGGGUCAUUAAAUAACUGAGAAGAAAGUGCUGCGUUUGUAAUGACAUCUACAAAUUUAAUGGUUAGACUUUCUAGUCUUCUCGGAUAAGGAAGAAAAACCGUAGGUCCCGUCUCACAGUACUUACACUUAUCUGGUUCUUGUGGGACGUAAAAGAACCCACACCACUGUUCGAAACAAGUAGGGGAUGUAGAGCCAGUGUUGUCGUCAACCUUCAUUCACAUCAUGGGUUGGGUGGGUACAGUAAGCUCACAAAUGGACUGAGAGCGGCUGCCAGUGGCCCCUUUGUAUGCUGACGUCCGCGCUUACUGUUCACAUGUUAAAAUGAAUUGUAAGAGGGCACGUCUGUUGUCCUCUCAUCCACGACUCUUCAGUUUCAGCACCUGAAAAAGAGCUCACCAUCAGCUCAAACUGCUCUGGAAAUCAAAGACAUGGGAUAAUUUUGAAGGUGUAGCUCAGAAAAAAAAGCCUGCCUACCUGUAGCUCUAAUCUUUAGCUAAAUCCCUGGUCAAAAGAGACUAACUAAAAUGACAUAGUCUUUUUAGAGCAAGAUAGUGUUUUCCACACUAGUAAAAAGCUGUUUAUUUCAAAAAAUCUCAAUUUUCUGUGUUUUUCUUGUUAAGCAGCUGUUCAGUUGUAAAUAAGCCAAGUGGAUGUUUUGACAGAUGUGAUGGCUUGUUAAGAGUACAACACUAACCCUUGUACUCUUAACAAGCCAUCACAUCUGUCAAAACAUCCACUUGGCUUAUUUACAACUGAACAGUUGUACUAUUUACACUUAGUGUAAAUAGUUUCCAGUGGGGAUAAAUUAUUUAUAAAAAACAAUUUGUGCAGCUAGUCAAAAUAUUAACCACCCUAGUGUAGUGAAAUUAGAAAAAGAUAUUAAGUGCAACUAAAAAAUGCCAGAAAAGAAUCUGAGCCCCCAGUGGGAAUCAAACCCAUGACCUUCCAGAUUCUGGUGGGACGCUCUAACCACUGAGCUAUGGGUGACUCACUAUGAUUCCUACCGAUAUCUGGAAGAUUGUGGGUUCAAUUCCCACGGAGGGCUUGGAUAUUUUCCGAGCAUUUCUUAGUUGUACUUAAUAUCUGUUUUGAGUUAUUAUUAUUAUUAUUCUUUUAUGUUAAACCAGAACACCAUGCACACCAGAAAUAUUUCUGGCAUGUUAUUGUGUUACAUGGAAAAAGCCCAUUUAGUGUAGUUUUUUGGCUUGCUCACCUGUCCUGAUUUUGUGGUUUACUUGUCCUUUUUUAGCCUGAAACUUAAAGGUUGGUGGAAUUUUAGUUUCUGUUACAAUGUUCCAGAUGGUUUAAAUUAAUGGAUAUCAAGGAGACAAAAGAAGUGAAAAAUGAAACUGGUUUGAAAUUACAGUUGAACCCUUAUUAAGUGGCCACCUUGUAUUAAAGGAGCUGUGUCACAAAAUUCAGCCAAAUUAGGAAAUUACAAAAUGCCUAUUAAAUUAACCCAUUCGCUCCUGGAGAUUUUGCCGAAAAACGCGUUUUGAAGCUAGUCGAGUGGUUUUCUGGUCACUGUCAAAUUAAAAUUACAAAAAAUGCCCAUUGAAUGCAAAAUAAACCUAAAAAUAACAUGCAGAAAGCAAAAUAAAGUUUUUGGGUUUAAAGUGACACAGCAGUCUAACUUUUAACAUAACAGAAACUCCUCCCUUCUUUUUCGCUUUUCUUGCCUCAGAUGGGCAAAGGCUUCAUUUUGGGGAAGAGUUUUUAGGAAAGCUUUUAGGAUCUUAGGAUUAGGUGAAAACAGAUUGGAAAUUUUAUGGAUUUUUCAGGAAAACGUGGUUUUUGUUCGGUGUCCUUGAAUGAAGCUCAUUCUGGUAUUUUGAAAGUUGAUCCCUGCACACUGCUUGUCCUUGACCUUUAAAAAUAAUGCUCAAAGGAGACAGGAUUUGAUUUGUCUUGGAUCUCUGGUUCAGGGUCAAAUUUAAGAGAAAAAUAAAAAUAAUCUAAAACUUUUAAAGGAACGUUAAAAUAACGUAACAGAAACAACAGAUAAGUUCCAAACUGAAAAAGACUGAAACGGAUUGAAAUUAGGAUUUUUGAAAACUGUUCAGCCUAACAGUUUUUCAAAGUUGAUUGCUUGCAACUUCAAAAAUAAUGCUUAAACAAUUUGUUUGUCUUGGACUGAUUUUGUCAUUUACAUGUAACACUUUAAGUUCCCGAUUGGCUUAGUAAUUGGCAAAAUUAAACAAAAUGAACUGGACUGCUGUGACACAGCCCCUUUAAAAGGCAGGUAUCAAAGUCCCCAAAUAAACUGUAGAAAAGAAUGGGAAUUAAACCUCUAUUACUGGUAAGUGGCUAAGGCCACUUUUUGGCUGUCCCAACAAGAGUUCUACCAUUUUGACUGUUGUCAUCUCUGUUAAGCGACCAUUAAGUACUUGAUACUCUUAGUUUGGCUUUAUAAUGAAGGACGAUACAGUCAGAGAUGGAAGGUGACGACCGAUAACAAAGCAGUAAUGCUACUCCUGUUGUGUUUUUUUUUUCAGAAAAUUAAAGUGAUGUUUUUGCUAAAGAUUAUUCUAACUUAUGAUGAACCUUUAUUGAGCGGCCAAUCUCCAUUGAGCAGUCACUUGCCAAUACUCAAGUGUGGCCUCUUAAUAGAGUUUCAACUGUAAAAAACUGAAUUAAACACAUAUAAGUAAACCACAAUACUUAUUACAAGUUAUUUUUGUUAAUUUAUUAUGAAUAUUUUCAUAGGUGGCAUUGUUCUGCUGUCCUCAGUUAAAACACCUCAAUCUUUCCAGCUGCAGACACAUAACUGAUGCUGCAUUUGAGUUGUCCAGUCCUGAAAUGAAGCGUGAGUCAAACUCAACCUUAACUACAAAUUCACUAUCAUCCAAAAAUGUAAUUCUUCCUGGAAGUAAUCUAACAAGUGUGGAUAUAUCAGGGUGCCAGUCUCUGUCAACUACAGCUGUGAAAUAUCUUGCAAGCAUGUGUGGCACUAACCUGAGAAGCAUUAAUCUUGCCUGCACAGGAGUUAAUUGCACAGCAUUGCUGUACCUUGCAGGAUUAAAUAUGGAAGAGGUAGCAAAAAUUUUGGAUGAUGCUGAUCAUGCAUUGGUCAAUUCCACUGCAGUGGGAAGUUAUAUUUGUUCUGAUAACUGCAGUGGUCAACUGUUGACAUCAACAACUGAUGGUGGAUCCUCUGUCAUGCAUAAGCAAAGUACAAAAGGUAACGACCUACAUUUAACACACCUACGAAAUGUAGAACAGAUGGCUUUUAGUAAAGAGAAUGAACUUUCAAUGCAUAAUGAACGUACAAGUAUCCUGUCAGAAGGCCUUCAAGGUGCAACUUCAAAUGAUAGCAUUAUUUCAGAAACUGUCAUGGAUUGUCAUGGCUCUGAUGAAACUUUGUUGAAUGAAAUUGAGCUGUCAACAUUGAAGGAUGCUAUUCCAAGUAGUCCCAAGAGUUCAAUUUGUAUGGCAUCAGAGAAACGUCUAGAGAACUUCAGUGUAACAGAAUCCGAUGGAGAGAGUGAUGACAGUUACAAAACAGCUCCUGAAGAGUUUGAUCUCAUAACCUGUUUUCCUCCACCUCCAGGAGAAAUUAAUUGUCGUUGUAAUGAAACUCUAGAAGCUGAAAGUAGAUGUUGCACUGAGCAUGAAAAUGGUGCUGAGGGUGCAUUGUCAGUGGAAACCAAGGAUUGCAAAUCUUUUUGGAAUAUUCCAGGUGGAAAUUCUUCAACAUCUAACUUGUUGGAAUUCAAUGAAUCUUCCUGUAAAGAGCCUCAUGUAUCCAACACUGAUACUGUGCUGUGUUGUUCCCAGGGUUGUCAAGGGAGCAUUAAGGAUGUUGAGGCAAGACAUCCUGCAGAUCUUUCUUGCGAACAUUUUCGUGAAGGUGGAGGUGAUGAAGAAAUAUUCGAAGAUUGCUUUGGUGUGGAGAGUUAUAUCUUAAAUUAUUCCAAAGAGAAAGCAGACAAGAAAUAUGAUGUAUGCUUCCAUCAAUCUGUAGAUGAAAAAAGCAGUUUAGGAAGCAGUUAUUGUAAUACCUGUUUUAGUGAUGCAAAACUGUCUUGUAUGACUGCUGUAAAUGAAAACAAACCUGGUGUGACAUUCUGUGAGAAAUCAAAGCAAGAGGAGGUGAAAUUUGUCGAAUCUUGCAACAGCACUGAAAGGGCAGAUUACACUGAUCUUGAAUGCCAAACUGUACUUGAGAAAGUAACAGAUAUGAAAUCAGAUUUUUGCAUCAUGCCUUGCACAGAAAUGGAUCAUAAAGACAUGAAGGGAUUACAUGUAGUGGAUGACAGAGUUGGGUGCAAUUUUUGUGGAAAAUUACACAUAUUACAUGGAGUAGAAUCAGAUUGUCCUCUCAAGCUUGAUGUGAACAAAACAGAUAAUGGAUCUAGACACUUUGUUCAUGAGUUGUGCCAAAAUUUGUCUAGCUCUUCAAAGCUGUGGGUUGAUGAGAAAAACAGUGGUUUAGGGCAUGCCAUCAAACCUUGUUGGGAAGACACAGGAUUUUUAACACCAGUUGUUCCAUGUGAGAAUGUAACAGAAAACAAAUUACACAUGCCAUGUUCUGAGAUGGAAAAAAGUAACCUUAGAAGUUCAAACUUUUUGCCAUCCCACAGGAAAGUCCUUCAAGUUGACGAUUUGCUCCAAGCCCAGAUUUAUCAGCCGCAAAUCAUAAGUCUGGACAUCAGUGGCAUGUGCUAUCAGAACAAAUCCUUAGGUGUCGUGUGUUUGAAGGUUUUCUCUAGAGCCUGCAAUCGUUUGAAGAAUUUUGCAGUUUCAUGGACUGGACUAGAUGAUGAGAUGCUGACCUAUCUUUUAAAGAAUGAGAAGGAACUGGAAACAUUAUGCUUGGUAUGAUUUACAAUCUUAAGACAAUUAAACAGCACAAGGCAAAAUUUUCCAUAGGGUUACAUGCCCUCCUCUUUCUGUACUUCUGUUCUGUUCUAUGGACCCAUCUCCUCCUUUCUCAAUUAAUAAAGAUCCUGACACAGUUUGGAAAUGAUAUGUGAUUUUCAGCUUUUUUCCAAGAAAACUAGUUGUGUAUAUUUCUUAAGAGCUUAUGAGUGAAACGCAUGGGAGAAAAUGGCCAUGUGCUUGCCUGCAGGUGUGAUUCAUUUGUUAUGUCUGCAUCUCCACUUCAUUACUCUGAAGACUAUUGGCAGUCUCCUGAUCUAUGCCUUUUCAAUACCUACUCUUUCACAAGUAUCUUUGUCGAAUUACUUCCUGUAGAAAUUUUUAUCCCUGUUACAUUAAUGGCCAGACAAUGCCCAGUAAAUAGGCCCUUUGCAGCUAGAUAUUCAUAGGUACAAGACCCCCAUGCUAGAGAGCAAGAGAUGCCCUGUGAGAAGACAAAACAAAAAAAAUACCAUUUUAAAUUAAUUCGUUAAAUGUAAUUUAACUAAGUUAACCACCACGAGUUUAGCGGUCAAGUGGUCCAUGAGCUUAGUUGUUAAGCAGUUCAUGAGCUUAGCAGUCAAGCAGCUCCAUCCCAAUUUAUUUUUCAUUCCCUUGCAGGCUCACUGGUACAUUUGCUUUGUACACUGCCAGGAUCUUUGAUGGGUGCCUAAAGUCUUCCCCCCACCUCCCAUCCCUUAUUUUUCUUCCUUCCACUGUUUUGUCAGUGUGACUGUUGCCUGCAAUGGGGGCUCAUGCCUGGGUUGUGGGGAUUUGCCAGCUAUGGGAGCAGUGUUCUAUCUAGGGGCUGGCUGGCCACGGUGGAAGCCCCUGGGUAUCCCAGGCUCCCACCUUCCACUUAAGCAAGGCAGUUGGUUAAUUGAUAUGAGCUCUUUUUUUGGCUUGUCUCAUUGCAUCCCUUGCUCUCCAUCAUGGCGGUUUUGUACCACGUUAAUUACUAGCUGCAAAAGACCAAUUUUACUGCAACUUGUCAUCUGCUUGAUUUUAGGUUGACUGUGAAAACCUCAGCAGCAUCUCAGUGAGUACUAUUCCUGUUCAUUGCCCUAAGCUCACCAGUUUUGACCUCAAGGGAAUGUGUUAUGUGACUGAUCAUGGAGUCAUGCCAUUAACAAGGAAAAAAAAUCUAGAGACACUUUGUUUGGCUGAGGCUACCAUCACUGAUUCAACAUUACAGAGUAUUGCUAAAGGUUGUGGAGAAAAGGUAUUAUGCGACCAUUUGAUGUAGAUUUAUUAUCCUUACUGGGCGCAGUCUUUCCCCAUAGGGAUGGGCAUUAUUAGGACUCAUAGGUGUUUCUAUUCAGGGUCCCCUCCCUUCCUAAUGUCACUAGUUGACUACUGAUGAGAAGUGGAGCCCAGGAGUGGCCAUUGCCAAAGAUUGUUUUUUGUCCCUAGUCUGUGUGUCCCUAGUCUGUGUAUAUUUGGUUAGUUUUUGUAACACAUGAGCUUCCUUCAAAUUUCUCCCCUUCCCCUUAAAAGAAGCACCUGCUACACAGGCUAUUUAGUUCCUGGUGUUCCUUUACAUCCCACAAUUAAGUGUCGUUAGAAACGGGCCUAUGCCUGUUCGUCCUUUUAAUGAUUUAUUUGAUGUGGCAGAAUUGACUUAUGCAGUCAAAGACUUUCUUUCUAAAGCAUGUCGAUUAGAAUUAGUGCCCACCAUAAUGCAAGAUUUUUAAAACGGAAAUUGUAUUGUUGUGAAUGUGAUCAAGCCAAAGCAGUAACAUGUCAAGUGAAAAAACAAUGUUUUUGCUAGCGACCGAGUCAGAUCCGGAGUCGUAAUCAGAAGUGUAGGACUUAAGGAUCUAGUGAAAAUGGCGUUCUCAUUCCGCUUACGUCUCCGUCGUUAACGAUCUAGUGAAAACUGUGUUGUCGAAGUCGCAAGCAGAAGCAGAAUAACUAAACCAAUCACAAAGCGUGGGAACGUGCAUUGUGUGUGAUUGGUUUACCCUUGCGCUUCUGCUUCCGACUCCGACAAUCUGGUUUUCACAUAGAUCCUAAAAGACGGAGUAGAGGCGGCGUCGGAAGAAAGUGGAAACGUUCUGUUUCUUCCGACUCCGAUUCCGUUGCCCUUAUGACUUUGCUUACAACUCUGGUUUUUUAUUUUCAUAAGGUCAUAAGCGCUCUUACGUGCUGUACGACUCCGCUUACAAUUCCGACUUCGACUCCAUCGCUAGUGAAAACCAGCAAGUUUCUCUAUCCUUUUCUCCCCAGUUAAAAGUUUUAGAUUUAUCAUGGUGCGAAGACCUCACAGAUAGAGGAAUGUCGAUCAUAGCAAACAGCUGUCCCUCCCUCCAGCAUCUUAGUCUGCGUCAAUGCUCGGCUUCAACUUUCACUCUGGAUGCGCUGGCAGCUAAUGGUCGUCACAUGUCGUAUCUCAAUAUUGCUGGAAUUGAUGGGUUAACAGAUGUUGCGCUUGGUAGCAUGGCUGAAAACAUGCCAUUGCUUAAGGAAAUAGAUGUAAGCUGGAAUUCCAGUCUGUCGGACGUAGGUGUCAUUGCUCUUUUACAAUGCUGCACAAAGCUGAAGAAGGCUGUGUUAUGUGGUUUAAAGCGAAUCACUUCCCAACCGUUUUUGGCUAUUAUAGGAGAUUUAGGGCAGUGGUUUCUGCUCGAAGAACUUUGUAGAUCCAACAGACGACCUCUGAGGAAUGUUAGCGAAGGAAAACUGGCUCUAAAAUUCUGCGACACGGUAAGCUCAUACUGUAGUUAUCGAUGUCCUUGCUCACUCGUUUUUAAGCCGGGGAUGAACCUCAAGAGAAGCCACUGCCAACAGUUUCAUCCCUCUCUCGCCCCACCCCAGUUUUCAAGUUAUGGUAAUCUAGCAAACUUCGCUCAAAAUUUGGGACCGCUUUUGUAACAAAAUUUGCAACUAUAUGGUUAGAAGUUUGGGUCCGAAGGCGGUCAAAUUUCAGCCUGUUCAAGGCUCCUAGAUAGGGACGCAGUGCCCCCACGGUAAACAAGGUCAAACGAACUGAACAAGAUGGGCGCAAUCGGUGCAUGUAGCCUAUCUUCGAGUUUGAAACAGGCCAGUCAAUUCUGCAUGAUAGACAGGUACUGUUGGUGAAAACAACUAUAAAGUAGGAUUUAUUAAGUGCAUGGGGCAUCUGUUCAAAGCCCACCUAUGAUAAAUUUUCAAACGUGUUAAAAAAGUCCGGGAAUCAGGGAUGGCCCCUUCAGUACAAUCGUACUCUUUUGCAAAUUUUUUUUUGCGGCAAUUAGAAAGACAAAAACUCAAAGCCUGUUUAAUAAUAUACGCACCAAGCCAUUGAAAAUCCCAAAAGACUCCCUUCUUUCUCCUAAGAGCACUUUCCUUCCUUUAACAUAGCACUCUUUGUAGUAUUAGUUAAUUGAUUACCAUUUUCUUUCCCUAGGAAACAGCGAAAUCCGUGGGGGACCAGAUACCGCAUCGAUCCAUGUGUUACGCCCCCUCGUUACGGCAAGUCCUACUAGAGUACAGCGACAAAGUCAACGACGAUCAUCUGUCAGCCAUUGUAGCAGUUUGCAGAGGGACCUUGUUUGUAUCAGAUUAUUAUGCGCAGCCAGUAGAACCGAGAUGGAUAUUUAAAUAAUGACGUUUUUCACGCCAUGCUAUGCUUGAGCUAACGUCAAAUCGUGCCAGAAUGUUAUCCUUGUCGUGGGAUAUCGUGUCAGUCGAACUGUAUUUUGGCGAGUCCUUUGGGCGUGUCAAAAUGCAAGAGACGAUUAGCAUAUCCCACGAUACUAGACACUGAAGUAGUGUAGUGGGGACCGGUUACUCCUUUUUUAAGUUGAAUUUCAUUAGUUUGAAGUGGAGUACAUAAACACCUAUGGCGUCAUAACCUUUUGUCUUUAUCUCCUGAAUAAAAUGCG